AAUAAAGAAAAGAGAAAAACAGACCGACACACACUGCACUACACUCUGCCUAGAGAAAGAAACACGAGAGAGAGACAACCAAGACAGAGACACCGCAGCACUCUCCCCCCUCUCUCUCUCUCUCUCCCCAAAUAGGCAAAUAGAGUAGUAGAGUAUUCAGACCUCUUUCUUCCUCCCCACCCAACACCCAUUUCAACAUCACGGUCAAUAAAUCCAUUCCACGCUGUCUGACAUUUCCGGGGCUCCGAGCCCCGAUAUCAGCUGAAAGGGUGAUUUAUUUUGUGAGCAAAAUGUACUCGGCGAUUCAUUCGGUACCGGUGGACAGCGAGGUGCUGUGGACCUCGGAUCCGAAGCCUCGGCUCCGGUGGACGGCGGAGCUCCACGAGAGGUUUGUUGAUGCUGUCACUCAGCUCGGUGGACCUGACAAAGCAACACCAAAGACAAUCUUGAGAACUAUGGGGGUAAAAGGCCUUACCCUUUAUCACUUGAAGUCACAUCUUCAGAAAUAUCGGAUGGGGAAGCAAUCAUACAAGGACUUACCUGACAGCUCUAAGGAUGCUUCUUGCAUUGCGGAGAGUCAGGACACCGGUUCAUCUAUAUCCUCAUCGUCAAAAAUAGCUCAUGGGCUUAACGAUGGCUACCAGGUGACUGAGGCUUUGCGAGUACAGAUGGAAGUCCAACGAACACUGCAUGACCAGCUGGAGGUUCAGCGUCGUUUGCAACUUCGGAUUGAAGCACAAGGCAAAUACCUGCAGUCAAUCCUUGACAAAGCUUGUAAAGUUCUCAAUGAUCAUGCUACUGCCACCGUCGGGUUUGAAGCUACCAGUGAAGAGCUCUCAGAACUGGCUAUCAAAGUUUCCAAUGACUUUAACCAGACAGUCCCUGUUGAAACCCUAACAAUGUCUUCUCUCUCGGAACUUGCUGCAUCGAUCUCUAGAAAACAAGAAUGCUUCCAUUGACUUUACAGAUGUUUCUGCUCCUCACUGAUUGUUGUUUUCGCAUUUCAUGCAGGUGAGUUUUGUACAUUCUCAAAGCAGAUUGUUUAAGAUUUGAAUUUUGGACCUCUUAAUUUCAAAGUGCCUCUAGUUUGCUAGCAUUGAACACAAAUGAUUUGGAGAGGUAAUUGUUGCCAAGGAGUACUUCUAAGUUGGAUGAAAUGUACUGUGGGUUAAGUUUGUUAGUGGUUUAUCAUAGCUUGUGCAUGGGCUUUUCCGCAA